AUGUGGCUUUUUGCAAGACAUCCUGUCAAGCAUGUAUUACCAAAGCCGUACAGCUUCACACUUAGAUCUGGCAUUCAUAAACGACCACAAAAUUUCUCAACAUCAAAAUGUGCAGCUACCUCCGUGAAGCGAUACUCUACGGCCCAAGCAGCCCCUUUCCACCUACAAUAUGGAGUUGGGCCCAGUCAGCUGGAAUCUAAGGCCCAUUCCCUAGGAUGGAACGCAAUCCAAGCAUUGGUAGAGCCAAGCUUCGUGCAGCAUUGGAAGUUUUCCAGCGAGAAAGAAAAAAAAGGGUUCCUUGCUCUAGGGUUUUCGCGCGCCUUUAGUCAAUUUUUCCCGCUCACGCUCGAUGAGCGGGUUGAAGUGACGUGCAAGAUGCAUUAUCUGGCCCUCUUAAUUGAUGACCAACUGGAUAAAAUGAAUGCGGCCGAUAUGCUGUCAUACCGAGAACUUAUAAUGCAGAUUGCACGAGGGAAAGAAGAGCCCGACAGAUCAGUCUGCGUGGAAUGGAUGCUUUUUGAUACUCUCCAGUCUAUGCGAACCAUUGAUGAAACCCUGGCAAAUGAUUUGGUAGAGGGAUUUUGUACGCUGUUGCAGAUGCAAACUGCACCGGAACGCACAACUAUCAAGCAUCUUGGCCCGUAUCUCGAGCGCAGAGAGAUAGACGUUGGCAGGUCGUUCUAUACAGCACUUAUUCGAUUUGGUGCAAACUUACACCUCAGCCCUAGCGAGCUUCAACAGACCUCCGCACCUGAAAGCACCGCCUUCCGCUUCAUGGGAGUUUUGAAUGAUGUGUACAGCUGGGACAAAGAGUGGAAAGCAUACCAAGAGCACUCGACAGACGGAGCCCAGCCAUUCUCGGCCGUUCAUGUGCUGGCGCAGGAAACGGGUCUGCCCUACCCUGCUUGCAAGCGUCUGAUGUACAGCUACUGUCGAGAGCUGGAGCUCGUACUGGCGCAGUCUGCAGCGGAAAUCAGAGAAAGUGCCGGUGGCACUUUGAGGCCCGAGAUGGAGAAAUACAUCAAGGGCCUUGAGUAUCUCAUGAGCGGGAUAGAGCUAUGGAGUCAAUGGACGCCACGCUAUCGGUGA